AGCAGUAUAAGUAGCUCAGAUGGGGAGGGGGGACCAGGACUCAGACUGGACUGGUCAGAAUGGAGCAGCUCCUCUGACAGACUGGGACUGGGACUUGGACCAUGUCUGGACUGGUCUUUGUGGACUUGUUGGUGUUUCUGAUCCCUGUCAGCUUCAGGCCACAGAAGAUGCGUCCCGCAGUGUUUUGGGGGUCUCUCCUCCUGUGUGUGGUCAGCACAGCGCGCGCCUCCUCCUUCGAGUCAGAGGAGGUGGUCCCGGUCCGGGUGGACCCCAGGACCAGGGGUCGUUUUUGGAAAAGGAGCGAGGAGCAGCCGAGCUUCUCCCUGAGCGCGUUCGGCAGGCGCCUGACCCUGAACCUGAGUCCGGACCCCAGCUUCAUGUCUCCCGCCUUCACCGUGCAGCGCGUCAGAGCCGGAGCUGCCGGUGCGAAUCCCGCCGUCAGCUCCCUGAACCGGACUGAGGAGGACCAGGACCACCUGAGAAGCUGCUUCUACUCGGGGAGCGUGGACCAGGACGAGGACUCGCUGGUGGCGGUCAGUCUGUGCUCGGGGAUCUUCGGCUCCUUCAUCACAGACGGGUCACAGUUCAUCAUCGAGCCCAAAGUGCGCGGCAGCCGCGACCCGCGCGCUGCGGAGCGGCUGCACAUCAUCAGCAGGAGGACGGGGACCCCGCUCCUGCUGGACGCUGAGGAGGAGCAGGAGGAGCAGGAGGAGGAGGAGGCGGCGCGCGGAGCGGAAAGUUUGACGCGUGGCGGCGGUGACGCACGGACGGCAGCGCGCCGCAGACGCUUCGUGUCCGCGCCGCGCUUCAUCGAGACCCUGCUGGUCGCAGACUCCAGCAUGACGGGUUUCUAUGGAGACGAGAUAAAGCACUACAUUCUCACCCUCAUGUCCAUGGCUGCCCAGCUGUACAAGCACCCCAGCAUAAAGAACUCAGUGAACCUGGUGGUGGUGAAGCUGCUGGUGGUGGAGGACGAGCAGGCGGGACCGGAGGUCUCCAGCAAUGGAGGCGUUGCUCUGAGGAACUUCUGCUCCUGGCAGCAGCUUUUCAACCCACCGAGCCAGAGGCACCUGGAGCACUAUGACACUGCCAUGCUGUUCACCCGAGAGGACAUCUGUGGACAGAAGAGCUGUGACACCUUAGGUGUGGCUGAUGUCGGCACCAUGUGCGAUCCUAAAAGAAGCUGCUCAGUUAUUGAGGACAACGGCCUGCAAGCUGCCUUCACUGCUGCACAUGAGCUGGGUCAUGUGCUCAGCAUGCCUCAUGAUGACUCAAAGACGUGUGAAAGGCUGUUCGGGGAGCUGGGAGAACAUUAUUUAAUGGCUCCUUUUUACAUCAGUCUGAACCAAAGUGCACCCUGGUCUCCCUGCAGCGCGCUCUACGUCACAGAGUUUUUUGACAACGGACACGGGGACUGCCUACUGGAUGUUCCAGAGAGUACCAUGCCUUUACCUCAGGAACUGCCUGGUACCAAGUACAGCCUGGACCAACAGUGUCAGCAGACUUUCGGAGAGGAGUUUAUCCACUGCCCCAACACCUCAGACAGAGAUAUCUGCAGUCAGCUGUGGUGUAAGGAGGACGGUCUGAAGCAGUGCUCCACCAGGAAUGGCACUUUUCCCUGGGCUGACGGCACCCCCUGUGGUCCUAACAGGACCUGCCUUCAUGGAGUCUGCAAGCUGACUGAAGAAAUGAUGCAACCAUUGACGGUUGUGGACGGCGGCUGGAGCUCAUGGGGGCCGUGGCAGCAGUGCUCCAGGACCUGUGGAGGUGGGGUGGAGUUCUCCUACAGGGAAUGUACCCAACCAGUGCCUCAUAACGGAGGGAAGUACUGUGAGGGACAGAGGGUCCGAUACCAGUCCUGCAACAUCCAGCCGUGCAAAGACAGUGAAGGUAAAAGUUUCAGAGAAGAGCAGUGUGAGAAAUACAACAGCCCCAGCUACUUGGACCACAGUGGGAACAUGAAACAGUGGAUCCCAAAGUACGCCGGAGUUUCCCCCAGAGACAGGUGUAAGCUGUUCUGCAGGGCCAGGGGCAGCAGUGAGUUUAAAGUCUUUGAAUCCAAGAUAUGGAUACAGCGACAUCGUCACCAUCCCUGUUGGUGCAACUAACAUUGACAUCAAGCAGCGCAGCCACAAAGGAAUCAAACACGAUGGGAACUACCUGGCAGUAAAGAGAGACGGUGGCUCUUACAUCCUGAAUGGAAACUUCUCCGUGUCUACAGUGGAGCAGGACAUCCCAGUGCUGGGGGCAGUGUUGAAGUACAGUGGCUCUUCCACCACACUGGAGAGAAUCCAGAGCUUCAGGCAGCUGAAAGAAGCCAUCACCAUCCAGCUCCUGGCCACUGGAGGAGACGACAACCCCCCCAAGAUCAAAUACACUUUUUUCAUCCCUAGAGACACAACAUUCAACAAAUCCAAUGAGAAAAAAGGCUCGUAUUUGUCUACAUUUACCUUUGAUAGUGUACCUGAAUGGGUACCAGGAGAAUGGUCUGAGUGUUCCAAAACCUGUGGCUCUGGAUGGUCCAGGAGGAGUGUGGAGUGUAAAACCAGAGAAGGGUUUUACUCUGGUCAGUGUGACAAAGAGCUGAAGCCCUCUGACAUCCGGCCUUGUGGGGAUCUGCCAUGUCCCAUUUGGCAGAUGGGGCCUUGGUCUGCUUGUUCACGGACUUGUGGUCAGGGAGAGCGUCACCGAAGUGUUUUCUGCAUAGACUACACUGGGAAGACUGUGGAGCCAGAGAAGUGUGAUCCAAACAAAACCCCGGAGCCAGUCUCUGUGGACUGUAACAACCAGGACUGCUUCUGAGGAGCACUGAACUUACCUGUU